AUGUCGACGUCGUUGCCUCCGAUCCUCGGCCUAGGCCACGCCCAGGACAUUAUCACGACUAUGGAACAGGCUUUAUGCAGUCAAAGCGACGUCCGAGCUGCAGGUGAAGCGACUCUGCAGCAAUGUAUGAAGAUUCCUGGCUUCGCGCAGCUCUGUCUGCAGGUUCUCAACGAAGCGCAAUUCCCAUUGCAACCUCCAGUCCGCCUCAUGGCAGCCUUGUCAUUGAAGAACGCUGUAUCCGCAUCUUGGGUGGGACGUGGCUCGCGUCAGUAUGUCAUCUCUGCCGAGGAAAAGGACGAGAUUCGACGGGGACUGCUGCGACACAUGGAAGAAUCGAAUACUGCCAUUGCAACGCAACUUGCGGUCACCGUCGCGCGUAUCGCCCGGUCCGAUUUCCCCAAAGAGUGGCCAGAUCUCUUCUCCCUCCUCCGCGAUAACAUCCAACAAGGGUCCCAUGUCCAACAGACUCGUGCCUUGAGAGUCCUCAAGUCUGUGGUCAAGGAACUCGCGUCCCGGCGUCUGAUGGCGCACCGCGUGAUCUUCAAUGAGAUGAGCGUCGCCGUGACUCCGUUCCUUGCUGCCGUUUGGAAGGCCCAGGUGACGGAGCUGUCCUCCGGCAACCUCGACGUCGUCGACAACGUCCUAAGCACUACCAAAGUUCUCCAUCACCUCGUCGUCCACGGCUUUAAAGUGCUCAUGCCACUGGAUGUCAUUCCAUUCAUCUUUUCCAACUACUUCGAGACCUUUCGCGCCCUCACGUCGUACAUUCACAGUCUGCCCCCCGACGCGCCGGGUAUCGAAUCUCUGCAGAAGAUCCGCGUUUCGUGCGCUGGCUUGGUCGUGGCAGUGCAAAAAGCUCACCCCAUUGAGUUCCGAGCGUACUUGGGCUACUUUUUGCAACUCUUCUACGCAGAGUUGACUCACCCCACGCCGUCACCGGACAAGCUCGUCGUGCACCUGCUCUCGUAUUUUACCAAUGUCGUCGGCUGCCUCCUUUACCAGCAAAGCCCUUCCGCGCACUCAACGAGUCGAACCGUCAUUACGACCACCGGCGACGUCGAGCUAAACGACGCCAUGGUCGAUGAAUGCAAGGCUCAAAUUGGCGCGUUUGCGUAA